CUUUCUCUUCUUGGACUUUUAAAUUGUGGCUACCUAAAUUGAGUAUCUGGCAAGAGUAAGAUAAAGCAGUUAUUUGUUCCAAAGAAGAAUCUUCUACCAAGGAGCAACUUUAAAGAAUGAAAUUAACUUUCCUCUUGGGCCUGUUGGCUCUUAUUUCAUGUUUCACAUCAGUGGUUGCUAAGCAUGAAGGGACAGUGGAUUGCAGGAAGAGGACACAGGGCAGCCCGGUGAGAGUCAGAGAUUCUCCAGAAGACCUGGCCAAGUGCCACCACCUCCACCCUACAGGCCAAGAUGGGUUCCACCAAGUCCCCCACCUCCCUAUGGCUCAAGACUUAAUUCACCACUUUCUCUUCCCUUUGUCCCAGGGCGAGUUCCACCAUCUUUUUUUUCUCGAUUUAGCCAAGCAGUCAUUCUAUCUCAACUCUUUCCAUUGGAAAAUAUUAGACAACCUCGACUCUUUCUGGGUUAUCCAAACCUACAUUUCCCACUAAGACCUUACUAUGUAGGACCUAUUAGGAUAUUAAAACCCCCAUUUCCUCCUAUUCCUUUUUUUCUUGCUAUUUACCUUCCUAUCUCUAACCCUGAGCCCCAAAUAAAUAUCACCACUGCAGAUACAACAAUCACCACAAAUCCCCCCACCACUGCAACAGCAACUACCAGCACUUCCACAAAACCCACAAUGACGGUCAGCUCCUCAACAGUACCUAUCUCUUCAACACCAGAGCCUGCCACCUCCACAUCAGCAGCAACCACCACAGCAUCUACGGAAAAUACUACUCAAAUUCUCACCAACCCUCCUCACACACUAUUGCUCAAUGCCACUGUCCAAGUUACGACUUCCAACCAAACUACAUUAAGCAGCCCAGCCUUUAAAAGUUUUUGGCAAAAACUCUUUGCCAUUUUUGGUUGAACAUGCAAUAAAUGAUAUUUUCCAAACUGCUCUGAUAUCUUAGAAGAAAUAAACUGCAAUGAUUUUGAUGGAACCAACCCUGAUCUAACCAGCACACCGAAUAAAUAAAGUAUUUGAGCAGUAA